AUGGCCAACUUCAUCGCAACUGUUGAGGCCAUCAUGACACCCUCGCUCGCCACAAUCAUUAUUGGUGCAAUCAUCAUCAUCGGUGCUCCUAUAAUUCUUCACCUCAUCCUCUCUUCGUCAAGGACAUACACCGUCGCCCCUAGCGUCCUCCUUCUCGGUCCCGCCAACGCUGGCAAGACGUCACUUCUCACACUCUUUGAGCGCGGCGCUUCUGGUACCGAGACGCACACUUCCCAGGUGUCGCACGAUGUUGAGCUCAACGCCUCUACCGACUCCGAUAACAAGCACUCUUACCGCAACCACGAUACCCACGACGGUACAUACACCAAGUUUCUGCUUGUCGAUACUCCUGGACAUGGAAAGCUGCGAAACGUGCCGAUGAGCAAGCUGGACCGCACUGAAAAACUAAAGGCCGUUGUCUUUUUGGUGGAUGCCGCUGCUAUCGGAGAGCCCGAGGUUCUUGCGCCCACCGCUGCGUAUCUCUACGACGUGCUGCUUUUCCUGCAGAAGCGGGCUACCACCGCCAAGGCCAAGGCUGCGAUCCCUAUUCUUAUCGCCGCCAACAAGAUGGACCUUUUCACCGCUUUGCCAUCGACCCUUGUUAAGUCCAACCUCGAAGCCGAGCUGACGAGAAUUCGUGCUUCGCGAAGCAAGGGACUGCUGGACUCGGGCGUCGGAUCUGACGACAUUGGCUCUGAAGAGCAGGAUUCUUGGCUGGGCGAGUACGGUUCCUCCAAGUUCACCUUCAGCCAGCUCCAGGAGUUCGAAAUCGAUGUUGAUGUCCUCCCUGGAAACGUCACUGGCGAUGGUCCCGGAGCAGACAAGUGGUGGUGGUGGAUCGCUCAGCGGAUAUAA